AUGGCUUCCCUUGAAGAGGACAAUGCAACCGCAGACCAAAAAUCGCAACUAUCACCACCGGUUCCCCCGCCAAAGACACCGCCGGGGAAAUCACAUCGCAGAAACCGAUCUGAUGCGUCUUCCAGCUCUCGGGGAAAGAAGAGAAGGCAAAGGGCAUUCUCUGGCUCCGGAAUCUCUAUCUCACAUUCCAGUACGGGAUCAGGGGAGCAUGAGGACCCCACUACACCAAAAAGCACUAGACAGCCUUCACCACACAUUGUACCCUAUAAUGCUAAUGUAGCUCACUCUCCAGUUUAUAGAAUGCCCGUGCAAUAUGGCUAUUAUAAUAGCGGCUUUCCGCCUGCCCCUCCUCCUUCUCUCCCGUUUCCUCCUACGCUCCCUUCACGUCAAUCCAUGGGAAUGUCUUACCAACGACAGAGAGUAGAUUUUGAGGGGUCCUACAAUGGUCCAUGGGCUUCGGGGCCUGUAAGAAUUGAGGGUACACGAAUGGGCCCCAAAGGGCUAAAUAGCGAGUACUAUGAGCAAGGCCGCCAGGAUAUUCCACAAAUUUUGAUUAGUAGUGAAGACGAUUCCGAAGAUGGUCAGUGGUAUUCAGGAUCGGACGACGAUCAAACCGAAGAUGGAGGGAGCGAGGAUAAGGGAAAGGGAAAAGGCAAGGGAAGAGCAGGUGAGAACGAAUCAGAGGAUAUACCACAGCCUCAGGCUUCUCAAGCUUCGCAGCAACCACGGCGUGGCUCUCCUCCCCCAUCUCGAAGAACAGGCUAUCCAUACGUUGCCGAAACACUCACUAACCACCCGUCACUCGCGCUUUACCGCCGCUUCUCAACAUUGAACCAUCUGGUGCUUUUACAUUUGCAAGACGAAAUCUCAGAACUAGAAUCAAUUCUUGCGGAAUUAGACACCGCCGAAUAUCUUUCUAAUGCUGGCCUUGGACUGCGUUCACGGCGCGUAGGAAGUGGUGGUGGUGCAAAGAGAAUACAGGUCAUGGGCGCUGUCGCGUGGAAACUCAGGGAGUACCACAUGGCAUUGAAAAACUUUGCAGACGUCGCAGACACGCUAGAGGCAGCACGAGAGGACGAAAUAAUGGCAUACAGGAAAUGGAUGGACAGCGAGAGACCUUUAGUUGGGCCCGAGGGCAGGUUUCUCGAGAGCCGAGAAGAUCUAAUAUCCUUACGAAAGACGCCAAAGCUAGACUCUCCAGUCGUACCUACUCCCCCACCGCAGGCAGCACAUUCACAAUCGCAACCACCACCACCACAAUCACAGCCACAGUCUCAUGAAGACUCACCACCAGAAGAGCCAAGCGAGCCAAUGGUGGAAGACCCGAAAUCUACAGCUCCCGAACCAAUACCCAAAGAGCCGUUACCAUCCCCCACCCCAACACUCUCGCUCUCCGUCAAAAUCUACGCGACGUUAAUCUCGCUUGGCAUAUCAGCAGUGGGAGGGUGGAUCCUUGAAAAAAAGUCAGAGAUGCAGGUACCCGCGGCACUCACGAUUGGAGCGUGCGGGGGGGCCAUGGGCGUUAUGUGGAUGUUUUUAUGAAUCCUAGGGUUUCUAUUAUGCGUUAUGGUAACGACUUUUUCUGAUGAAUUGGUAAGUUUGAGAUGAGAUAUGAAGGAAUGCUGGGGGCGAAGGACGAGUGAUGAUCUGUGAUCAUGUCCUAUUUUUAUUUUUAUUUUUAUUCCUAUUCUUUUCUCCCUUCCUUUUAUUCUCUUACUCUCCUGCCUUGUUUUGUUUUAUCUCUUGGAUCCCCUUUAUUUAGCUUUUUUGUCAUUUCAUCCUACAGGGCUUCUGGAGCAGAUGGGUGUUUCCGGUCAUGUUUUUUAUGUUUUGUUUCGUCCACUCCAUUUCAAUCCCUUGUUUGGUGGCGAAUUUC